GAUCAGUGAACACCUGGUGAGCAACAGUUGCAGAGAGAUAGGACAGAGGAGAAAUAGCAGCAGAAACCAGGAGGGUCCCCUUGGAUAGAAGUUCCAGCUCUCAGUUUCUGCAUGGAAAGUGCAUAUCCACAGAUAUGGCCCUGAACAACUUUCUCAUUUCCUUUCUGCUUCACCUGGGUAUACUGCUACCUGUAACAGCAGACCGACAUGAAUAUACUGUUGCUGGCAAGCCUAUUACCCUUCAUUGUCCUGAUGUCAAACCAAACGCAGAUCAGGGCACUGUAUACUGGAAGCACAAUGAGACAAACAUUGUUAAAUUCAUAAAAGGAGAACCUUGGAAAGUUGACCGCAGUAACACCAAAUACAAAGGUGUAAAGAACAAGAAUUUCUCCUUAGAGAUGUCAGAAGCAGAGGGAGGUCUUUAUACUUGUGAUGGGUCUGGAAUAGAUAAAAAUGUUCACCUUCACAUUCUGAAAGUGACUAGCUCUCCAGAAAGAUAUCUCCUGCAAGGUGAGAGUCUAGAGCUGCAACUGCAUGCUCCUAAUCUGGAACAAAUAAUGAUUGCAUGGACUGGCCCUCACAAUCAGAAAGGCCAUCAACCACGCUGGAAUCUAAAAGACAACAAUCGGAGACUACAGAUUAAGGAUCUUCAAGUUCAAGACAGUGGGACUUGGCAGUGUUCCGUCCAAGGGCAAAUGAUCCCCUACAAAGUCACCAUAUUAGGGUUUCUCAAGCCAUUGGAAGAAGAGAUCUUUGCAGCUGUUAAUAGCACAGCGAUGCUUUCAUAUGAGCUGAACUUUGACCCUAGGGAUGAAAAAUAUAUCAACAGUAUAGAAGUUCACCAGACCCAAGAAACAUUAGGAAAGCCCAUCUCGCCCAAUAGCAAUGGUUCCUGUCCUUCGAGAAACAUAUCCGAAGUCCAGUUUGAAGAUGCUGGAUGGUACCGGUGCCACCUCAACGUUAACCGUCAGUCUUUGAAUAAGACCAUCCAUUUGGUAGUGAUGAAAGUCUUUGCCCACCCCUCAGGACACCUUCCUAAAAAGGGGGAGAUGAACCUUUGCUGCAACAUUUCGUCUCCUCUCCCGCCUGGGGCUCGGUUGCGCUGGGGUGCUGUGGAUGAAAGUGUAGAUACUCCCCACUGCCUUGUAAUUCGAACAGCAGGGCUGUGGACAUGCAGUCUCAUUGUGGAGGAGGAAGUGAAGAUCAGCAUGAAUUACACUGUGGGAGAGGAGGCACAACUUCAGUUCCCUCUGAUUAGCGUGACCUUGGGAGUGGGUCUGCCACUGGUUCUGCUGAUUCUCGUAAGCGGAUGCUUGUUCGCCUACAUUACUAUAAAACGGAAAAAGCUGCGGGUGGAGAGGAUGGCCCAGGCAAAGCAACAUUUGCUUGCAAAGAGGACAUGCCAGUGUCAAAGAAAGAAAAGCAAUGAUUACCACCACACCUGA